GCUCCAUCAAAUGACUAAUAGUGGGCAAACAUAUCAAAAGGAAUUUUUGAAUGAGAUUAGGGCAUUGACGGAAAUUCGACACCGCAAUAUUGUGAAACUUGUGGGCUUUUGUUCGCAUACACAACACUCAUUCUUGGUGUAUGAGUACUUUGAUAGAGGAAGCUUGUCUACAAUCUUGAGCAAUGAAAAAGAAGCUAAAGAGUUAGACUGGGACAAGAGGGUGAAUAUCGUAAAAGGCGUGGCUCAUGCUUUAUCUUAUAUGCACCAUGAUUGUAUCCCUCCAAUCGUUCAUCGAGAUAUUUCAAGUAACAACAUUCUGCUUGAUUCAGAGUAUGAGGGGCAUGUUUCUGACUUUGGCACGGCUAAGCUUCUUAAGCUGGACACAUCAAACUGGAGUGUAGUCGUUGGCACAUAUGGUUAUGUAGCUCCAGAGCUUGCUUACACAAUGAAGGUGACGGAGAAAUGCGAUGUGUAUAGCUUUGGAAUAUUGUCCAUCGAGGUGAUCAAAGGAAGACAUCCGGGUGAUAGCCUUUCAUCUCUAUUAGCUCUGGUCGACAUGGAGAUCUCAGUAGUUUUAAAGAAUAUGUUGGAUCCACGCCUGCCAACGCCCACGCCAGGCAUUGAGGAUGAACUUCUGACCAUCCUAAAGCUUGCAGCCGCUUGCGUAUCAGCUAAUCCCCAACUCAGGCCGUCGAUGGAAAUGAUUUCUCAUGUGCUAUCUGCGCGUUCAACCAUCUUCAAUGGAGUUAAAAAAUCACAGAAGCCCACUGAUGCUGUGAGAGAUGCAACAAAUUCCAGCCGUAAACUGGAUAAAUUUGUAGAAGAUGUCGUCUGA